UCUCAGAAUAUUUUUUACUUACACAGCGAACGAGAGAGAGAGAAAGAGAAAGAAAGAAGAGAAAAAGCUUCUCUCUUUGUUUGUGCUCUGUGAAAACCCAAAAUCGAAUUCUCAUCGUAAUCAUAAAGUCUCUGUCUUUAACCAAUUUAAAGUCUCUCUUGAUUCUACCAUUUUCAUUAUUCACAUUUUUUCCUAACCCCAGAUUGAUUAAACAAAAGAGUAUUUUUCCUUUUAAAAGGAUUUUGAAAGGUCCUAGCUUUCCUUGGGAUCUAUCAAAGUUUCUUGAAGAUAAUGCUUUCGGGUUUACACAGGUUGAUUGAUCAUACCACCAUGGGGAAACAUCUCUGACUUUUCAAAUGGAUCCCCAAGCUUUCAUCCGUCUUUCAGUUGGCUCACUUGCCUUAAGAAGCCCCAAGUAUCUCCUAAACCCUUCUUCAACCUCUGAUGAGAAGAAGAACUCUUGUUCCCAAUGCUCUUGCGAGAUAAAACUCCGAGGCUUCCCUGUUCAGACCACAUCCAUCCCUCUGAUGCCUUCCUUAGACGCAGCUCCUGACCAUCACAGCGUCUCCACAAGCUUUUACCUCGAAGAGUCUGAUUUAAGAUCUCUCCUGACACCUGGAUGCUUCUAUAACCCCAACGCUCACUUGGAGAUUUCGGUUUUCGCCGGUAAAAAGAGUUCUUCUCACUGCGGGGUUGGUGCUAAAAGACAGCAGAUUGGUGUGUUUAAGUUGGAGGUAGGUCCUGAAUGGGGAGAAGGAAAGCCAGUGAUUCUGUUUAAUGGAUGGAUAGGUAUUGGAAAGAACAAGAGAGAUGGUGGUGCACAGCUUCAUCUGAGGGUGAAGCUUGAUCCUGAUCCUAGAUAUGUUUUCCAGUUCGAGGAUGUUACUACUUUGAGCCCUCAGAUAGUUCAGCUUCGUGGCUCGGUUAAGCAACCUAUCUUCAGCUGCAAGUUUAGCCGAGACAGGGUGUCACAGGUGGAUCCGUUGAAUGGAUACUGGUCAAGUUCAGGGGAUGGAACCGAGCUUGGGAGUGAGAGACGUGAGAGAAAAGGCUGGAAGGUGAAGAUACAUGAUCUCUCCGGCUCUGCGGUUGCUGCAGCUUUCAUAACAACUCCUUUUGUCCCAUCCACUGGAUGUGAUUGGGUGGCCAAGUCCAACCCUGGUGCUUGGCACGUGGUCCGGCCUGACCCGUGCCGACCAAACAGCUGGCAGCCAUGGGGAAAGCUCGAAGCCUGGCGGGAACGCGGGAUCAGAGACUCUGUCUGCUGCAGGUUCCAUAUCCUUUCAAACGGGCAAGAAGUUGGAGAUGUUCUAAUGUCGGAGAUACUCAUCAGCGCUGAGAAAGGCGGGGAGUUUUUGAUCGACACGGACAAACAGAUGCUGACCGUUGCAGCUACGCCGAUCCCAAGCCCGCAGAGCAGCGGAGACUACUCGGGUUUAGGACAGUGUGUCUCUGGAGGCGGGUUUGUAAUGAGCUCGAGAGUGCAAGGGGAAGGGAAAAGCAGUAAGCCAGUUGUGCAGUUGGCUAUGAGGCAUGUGACUUGUGUGGAAGAUGCAGCUAUCUUCAUGGCGCUUGCUGCUGCUGUUGAUCUUAGCAUUCUGGCUUGUAAACCUUUCAGGAGGACGAGCCGGAGAAGGUUCCGCCAUUACUCAUGGUAGAAAUCAAAUGAACUCUCUUUUUUCUUAUGUGUACAGUUUUUAAAUUGAACCCCAAGUCAUUGUAUUAGGAAGAAACUGAGUUUAAGAUUAAUAAGUUUUAACUCAUC